UGUGCCGCCCAUAAGUGCAGCAUCAUCAUUGCAGCCCAUCAGUUCCGCCUAUCAGUGCAGCAUCAUCAGUGUCGCCUAUCUGUGCCCAUCAGUGCUGCCUAUCCAUGCCGCCUAUCAGUGCCACCUAUCAGUGCUGCCUAUCAGUGCCACCUGUCAGAGUCCAUCAGUGCCAGCUGAAUAGUGCCACGUGCCAGUGCCCAUCAGUGCCACAAUGCCAAAUAUCAGUGCACAUCAAUGCCACAUAUCAGUGCCCAUCUGAGCUGCCCCCCAGUGUCACCCAUCAAUGCCUAUCAGUGCUGCCAAUCAGUGCCACCUUUCAGUGCCAGUCAGUGCCGCCUAUCAGUGCUGCCUUUCAG